UCAUUGUGCCUUCUUCACAGCUCAAAACAAAUCAUCAAAAUGGUGUCAGACUUCAGAAAGAAGAAGCUCCUCCACGUCUUCAAUGCAUUCUUUGACACCAACGGCAGUGGAAGCAUUGAUAAGAAGGAUUUCGAACUGGCCAUUGAGAAGAUUUCCGCGCUUCGUGGAUGGAAAGCAGGAGAUGCCAAGUAUAAGGAGACUCAGGAGACUUUGCUAAAGAUCUGGGAUGGUCUGCAGAGUCGCGCUGAUGCUGAUAAUGACGGACAAGUCUCGUUUGAUGAGUGGGUGGCCAUGUGGGAUGACUUCGCCAAGAAUCCGUCUUCUGCUCUGGAGUGGCAGAACCUUUACUCCAAAUUCAUCUUCCAGCUAGAAGAUGCGAGCAAUGACGGCUCCAUCGAUAGCGAGGAGUUCUCUUCAGUCUACGUUUCCUUUGGUCUGAACAAGGCUGAGUCAGUUGAAGCCUUCAAGAAGAUGGCAAAGGGUAAGGACAAUGUGUCCUGGGAUGAGUUCCAGGGCCUAUGGAAGGAAUACUUUGCCUCCGAAGACCAGAACGCCGCCGGUAACUUCAUCUUUGGUAAAACUAGCUUCUGAACUGACAAAUAUAUUUAUUCGUGUAAAGUGAUGGACUGUGAUUUUGAUGUUUUGUAUGGAGCUGUGUUAAGAACUUGACUGAUGUAAUUAUACUGUAUUCAAUAUUU